GCCGCUGCCCCCACCACGCCCUCCCGCCGCCGGGACCCCGGUGCUGGGGCGGCGGGAGCGGCGGUGUGGCAGCCUCCGGCUCCCGCGCCUGGCCGCAGGGUCCGUGCCCGGCCGGGUGGUGCGGCUGGGAGCCCCGGCGGUGCCCGCUGCGGGGCCAGCCCGCCGCGUCCCGCUGCCCUGCCCGGCGCUUUCCGGGCUGCGCGCUGGUUCCCGUGCCUGGGCGGAGGUAGAAGGCGGGCGGGGGCCUCCCUCCUGCCGGCCGGGGCUCAGCCUGCCCGCGGUGAGGCUGCUGGGGCGGCGGGUCCGCGAUCUCGGCAUCCCGGGAGAAGCCGCUCGGUGCCGGCGAGGGCCGUGGGCGCAGCCCCGCACGGCGAGCAGCGCUGUGCUGCCGAACCUCGCCCUGCAAGGAGCCCGUGCGCUGUUUGGUGCGAGAGGCUCCGCGCUGGUGUGAAUGCUCUGCUGAUGGUGCCUUGCCUGCCCACGCCGUGCGAAACAAACUGCUCUGUGUUUGGGCUCAUCCCGCUGGGCAGCACGGGAGGGGGAGCAGAAGUGACGGGAAGGAGAGCUGCUGCGAAAUAGCACAGGGGGUUUGGUUUUUUAUUCAGAAGGUUGUGAAGGUGGUGAACUGACUCUCUUAUGCCAAGGGUUGAACUCUUUGAAUUAUAGAGCCGGUGAAAGCACAAGUGACUUGAUGGCAGGGUUUUCGAUCUGCGGAGGCAGGUGGGCGAUUCUGUGACUGUUUGGAGCAGUGGGAUUUUUUUGACCCCGGGUUUGUCAGUAACGAACUGCCCACAAGAUCUGUGCAGCCAUAAAGAGUUAAGAAAUGGAGUCACGCUGGCUGGAAGUGCAAAUUAGGAUGUUAUGAAGUAUGUUCUGUGAUAUCAUUGCCUCUGAGCUCAGCCUGUCUUCAAGGAGGAGAGUUGUGGAGAAGGAAGCUUCAAAAGUGCUUUGCCACCUUUUGAAAAGCUUCGUUUUGACCAUGCUUGGCUCUUUUCCCCCACUGGGGUUUGGCUAUUUAGCUGGCCACAGCUACGAGGCCGGUGUUGGCUCAGUGAUCACUACAGUUGUUAAUUUUGAAAAAUAAAUGUGAAUGGAGUCUUGUAGAAAGCCUCCUUUAAAAACGUUCCCUCUAGCUGAAAUUUUGGAAUGAUCCCAGGCUGUACUGCAAGCAGCCAGGCAAAUAUCUAACUGCUCCCAGCCACUGACCAGCAGCUCCUAGUGGUUGCUUCUGGCCUUUUGGUUUUGGUUAGUAGUGGCAGUUGUUCCUGGUGGCUGUUGUCUUAUGGAUAUGUGUACCUGGAGAGGGCUUCUUGUGAUUGUGAGACUGGGAUACAGCACUAGGACAACACUACCAAAUGACUGCAGUUGUACUAGCAGAACUGCAUGUUGUGUUAUUGUAGCCUGCCUUCUUUACACCCCCACCUCUUGCAACCAAAGCAGAGGAUGGAAUCAGAAAUGUGACUUUGCUGCUUCAGGGCUUAUGCUGCUGUGUGGGGACCUGAGAGGCAGACCUGAGUGGGGAAUUGUGAUGUCCAGUUCUGCUGGUGGGAAAUAGUAAACUCAUGUUUCUCCAUGUCUGGUACCGUCAGAAAAGAAGAAAAUGAACCUGUGUAAAAACGAUCUUAGUACUUCUUUUAAUUUGUCAUUAGCCUGUAUGUCAGAAUUUUCUGACUUGGGUCAAAUUAAAAAUCAAUGGUUAUUUCCUCAAGGGUCAACACCUUUGCCCUCUCUCCUUCCAAGGGCAGAAUGGCAUUGGACUUGUACAGAUUUGAGCAUGAGGGAGAUAUAGAAAGACUCCGUUCUGUGGAGUCCCGCUGUGCUGUGUCCUGGGGAUUUUCUCAGGGUCUGUAGACUUCUUUUUUGUUCUAAAUUUAAAUAGAAAAUGCAGGCAGAUAUGAAGUGUGAUAAAGGAGGGCGUGCUCUUUCAGUAGAGAAACCUUUUCCAGUUCAUACCUUUUAAUGCUAACUCAGUAUCUAAGUGCUAUGGCUAAAAGCAAAUAUUGAAAAUGAGGUACAGGUGCUGCCUGCUGGGAUAGGCAGAAUCAGCGGUGUCUUGUGAGAUCUUUUCCCGUUUGUUUUGUUUUAAAUAUCAGUAUGGAAAACUGUAUUCCUGUGCACAGUCCCAGGUGCUCUGGUGUCCUGAGGUUGAGGCCACAAUACCUUGUGCCAUGUUGCAUGGCUCUGGCGUUAAGAAGAGCACUUGAAGAUCUGGCAGCAUGGAACAGACCCAUGAGUGAGGAAGCACAAGCUUUCACCGGUCUGACAGGAUGGCACUGAGGUGUAGUUUGCAUGACUGAGUCUCAAAUGCUUGUUGUGCUUCAGAAACUUGGACAGCACAGAUGUGGCUCUUGGAGUGGGCAAAGGACACCCUCCAGGGAAGUGCUUCGCAGAUGGGCCCUGUGUAGAGAGCUUCCAGGUCGAUCGUGAGAAGCCAAGCACCCUCCCUCCCCACCCCUCUGAUCAGAUUCCUUUUUAAGUGAAGCUCACUCAAUCUCUGAGGACCAUAUCUCACCGAUGACUGGGAAGCAAAGAGUACCCAGGAAAGCACUUUUACCACGGACUCCACCUCAGGAGCACCAGGAACUCAUCUUUUAAAUAAAAUCUGUGCCCCUUCUGUGCACACCCGAUGUCUGCUGCAAUGGAUACAGAAUCAACAUAUUCGGGAUACUCCCACUACUCAGGUCACUCCAAAAAAGCUCACAGACAAGGGAGCCGGGACAGACACAAAUCUCCCCGCAGCAAAGAUGGCAGUCGGUCUGAGAAGUCCGUCACUAUCCAGACACCUCCUGCAGAGCCGCUGCUCGGGAAUGACGCCUCUCGGGCAGAGGAGGGCCAGGAUGACAACUGGGGUGAGACCACGACGGCAAUCACAGGCACCUCUGAGCACAGUAUCUCCCAGGAGGACAUUGCCCGGAUCAGUAAGGAUCUGGAAGACAGCGUUGGGUUGGACUGCAAACGUUACCUGGGCUUAACAGUGGCAGCUGUUCUCGGACUCCUAGUCUUCCUUACCCCCAUUGCCUUCAUUCUGUUACCCCAGAUCCUGUGGCGAGAUGAUCUGGAGCCAUGUGGUACUGUCUGUGAGGGACUGUUCAUCUCUGUGGCGUUUAAACUCCUCAUUCUCCUGAUCGGGACCUGGGCUCUUUUUUUCCGCCAACCCAAGGCAGACCUACCGAGGGUGUUUGUGUUUCGGGCCCUUCUGCUGGUCCUCAUAUUCCUCUUUGUGUUUUCCUACUGGCUCUUUUACGGCGUUCGCAUCUUGGACUCGAAGGACACCAACUACCAAGGGAUAGUGCAGUACGCUGUGUCUCUGGUGGAUGCCCUGCUCUUCAUCCACUACCUGGCCAUUGUGCUGCUGGAGCUGCGGCAGCUGCAGCCCAUGUUCACCAUCAAGGUGGUUCGCUCGACGGACGGAGAGUCGCGAUACUACAGCUUGGGACACCUCAGCAUCCAACGAGCUGCACUGGUGGUUCUGGAAAAUUACUACCGAGAUUUCACAGUCUACAACCCAGCCUUGUUAACAGCCUCCAAAUCCCGAGCAGCCAAGCACAUGGCUGGCCUGAAAGUCUACAAUGUUGAUGGCCCAGGUAACAACGCGUCGGGGCAGUCCCGGGCCAUGAUCGCAGCUGCCGCCCGGCGCAGGGACUCCAGUCACAACGAGCUCUACUACGAGGAGGCCGACCACGAGCGCCGCGUCAGGAAACGCCGGGCCAGGCUCGUGGUUGCAGUAGAAGAGGCUUUCACUCACAUCAAACGCCUCCAGGCGGAGGAACAGCAGAAAGCUCCAGGAGAGAUGAUGGACCCCCGAGAAGCAGCCCAGGCCAUCUUCCCCUCCAUGGCAAGAGCUCUGCAGAAGUACCUUCGCACCACCCGCCAGCAGCAGUACCACAGCAUGGAGAGCAUCUUGCAACACUUGUCCUUCUGCAUCACCAACAACAUGACACCAAAGGCAUUCCUGGAGCGUUACCUCAACCCAGGCCCAACCCUCCAGUAUGACAGGGAUCGCUGGUUCUCCAAGCAGUGGACGCUGGUCAGCGAGGAAGCGGUCACAAGCGGCUUACAAGACGGCGUCGUGUUUGUCCUCAAGUGCUUGGACUUCAGCCUUGUUGUUAAUGUGAAAAAAAUCCCCUUCAUCAAACUCUCAGAAGAGUUCAUAGACCCUAAAUCUCAUAAAUUUGUCCUCCGCUUACAGUCUGAGACUUCAGUCUAAGGGAUUUUGAGGGUGGGUUGUUGGGAGAUUUUUAUUUUUGUUUUUUUCAAUAUCGUGCUUUUGGGUUUAAUUUCCCCAAUGCUGACUGAAACUGGCAGAUGAUGGACCAGUAAUAUUUGACCAUCUGCACUUUAUUUGGAAAGGGGAGGGGGGAGUUGGGAUAUCUUAUCUAGGAAGAAGUAUCUUAAGAGGCAACAGGGCAACUUGGCUCAGUUAGCUCAGCCUUGGAGACAGAACAGAUUUUUUUUCUUUGCCCCUCUUUCCAGGCAUCUUGUAACUCUCACGCUCUCUUUCUCUGCACAGCUGCAGUGUCAGAGUUGUUGCUGGAGCGCUGCCUUACACCGUGCACGCCUGCACCCUUGUGUCUCUGCUUUUGCCACCCGUGGCUGCUCCCAAGGGCUCGUUGCUCACCUGUCCCUCACAGAAGUCUCUUGGCACAGGGUGCCACAGUCCCUGCUCACUUGGGGAGGAGGGGAUAUCAAAGGGUGGGGGUGUGAGGGGACUUGAAUUCUUUGUUCUUCUUCUCCUCCUUGCCACGUGCCUCUUCUGUCAGUGCCAGACCUGUAUAGGCAUAAUGGGAUGGUUUCGCCCUCUGUGAAAUUGCUUGUCUUGAACUGGAUCAGCCCAUUUGCAGCUCUUCAAUUUAUUUUUUUUUCCUUAUCAGUGCUUGUUAGUGAAGCUGUUCUUCAUGUCACAGCUCCCUGUUACCUCUCCCCUGCUUCUCUCUGUCCUGCUUGUCAGCAUCUUUCUCAGGCAGGCCCAAGGCUUCCUUUUUCUGUCUCCUCUGUCUGGCUCUCUGAAUGUUUCUCCAGGCACUGCCGCUUCCUUUUGCACCUGCAAGGGCUGUGUAUUUGCACUGGGACAGGGUCAGUAAGUAGCUGGCUCCUCCUUAGAUAAAUCACAGACCCUCCCUACGUCUGACAGCCUCUUUGAGGGGAAGGGGGUGCAGGCAGGAAUGUGCCCCUCCCUCUCUAGCCAGCUUCAAGUGCGUCUGGAGAAAAGAGGGGCAAAAACACUUCCUUCAGGAGAGGAGCCAGGGAAAGGCUGACCUUUGCCCCAUUCACCUGCUUUGGAGAACUGUUGUGCUCUGGAAACACUGCAGUGAGUCCUUCCCCACCAUACGCCUUCAGCUGUAGCUAAGAAAUACCAAACAAUGCCUGAAUGUUGAAAAUCUGCCUGCCUUUCUUGGCCUUGCUGUACUGUGGGAGUUUCUGCUCAGCGUUGGGAUCUGCUUCUAAAAGAUGCAGUUUUGUUUGUGAGGCUGCCUUUGCCCACCAGUGCAGCUUUCAUGUGUGAAUUUAGUCACCUGAGUUUGGAAGGUUUGUUUUUAAUGGUGAGCCUAAAUCGCUGUCUGAAGUCUGAUUGCCAGCACAGAGCAUGGAGUGAUUGGAGCCGGCUGCAAGGCUGGCAGUGACCUGAAGGUCCCUUGAGAUCCAUGUGAAUGUAAAUGAUCAAUUUAUUCUGCUCAGUCUUUUGCCAUGCAAAUAUUCCUUAUCAGGCAGGAUCUAGCCUGCCCUCCAUAUGGAUGUCUUAACAAGGCCCUAGUUCCAGCAGUGUGAGUCAGUGCCUUUCAUUGCCAGCCUGCUCAGUCUUCUGAGGAGGGCUGUCACUGCCCCUCCUGUCCCUUUUGGCCUUUCCCAGCUCUUCCUAGGCCGGCGUGGGCUGGCUGGUUUCCACAGGGAGCAGCCACCUUAAACAGGGAUGCUGGGAAUGGGGCAGGAGGGUCCAUCCUUUUCCAGCUUCAGCUGUGGAGUUGCAUGUCCAACAGCAGCUAUGGGUAGUCCUCUUGGGAUCGAGGGAGCGCCCUGGUGAGUGAGGGUCCAAAGUGAUGAUUCCCCAUCCAAGUGACGCCUGCAGUUUCCUUCACCUUUCUUACAUGCACGCAGUGGUCUCCUGGAUCCUUUUUAGUCUGUGUAAUGUGCCAGAUGUGGUUGUCAAGAAACUGGGUGGCACAGCACAUGAUGGGAUUAUGCCCUUUGCCCUUAAAGGAUGGGAAGUAGGUAGUGUUUUCCCCUCUCUAAGCUCAGUGUUUGGGUUUUUUGGCAGGCUUUCAGGUAGUCUCCAUGGCAACUCCUUUAUUGACUGUGGCCUUUGCAGUGUUUUACUUUGGAAAAAUAGGUUGAUUUAUUCCUUUAAAAGGAAAAAAAAAGGAAGGUGAACAUACAAUAUCUUACACUUGGCUCUCCUGAAGAUGCCUACACCUGGCUUUUAUGAUGUGCAUAACCAGCAGGGUGGGAGAGACUGGGAGUAGCUUGGGAGACUGUGGAACGCUUAAUACCUGUGUGGAGGCUACUGCCUGUGGCUGAGUUGGCUCAUUUCUGUGAAGCCAGAACAAGAACCACCUUGCCGAGGGCUUGGGUGUGCCAUGUAUGUGAGAGCACCUUGUCACAGGCACAUCUACAAUACUUUUUUACUUUCCCAGCAUUUCCUUCCCCUUUCCUUUUCUCUGCCCCAUGAGGAGGGGUGGUCUGACAAUAUCUGCUCAGGAAACUCAUGUCUUAAUUUUGUUGAAUCUUUUAACACAUGGAGAACCAGACAGAAGCAGCGUGUGUAUAGUCUGGGUCUGCUUCUUCAUCUUUGUGCUGUGGUUCAACACUGCCUUUUCUGCCUGCUGCCAAAAAGGACACUGUCAACAGGGGCCAACUCCUACAUUAAAUGCUCUUCCUUAUAUCAGCAGCACGAAUGCUUUGCCUGAUGAUAUCUGAAGGAGAGGACUCUCUCAAAUGGUCUCUUUAGAGGUGCAGGCUGCUUAGAGGUGAGGACAGACUGAAAGGGGAAUCAUGAUUCCUGCAUAUUCCCUGUUCUGGUAUUUUUAGUGAAAUUUUUUGGGGUCUCUCUUGCUUCCCUUCUCCAUGCAAAAUCAGGGGACCACUGUCAUACCUACCUCACUGGAGUGUUGUGAGGCAAAACUCAACUUGCUUUCAAGUGCUUUGAGAUCCACAGUUGGAUCUGUGGCAUCUGUAGGAAUUCAAACUCCAUUAAAAAUACUGAGCGGUGAGUGCGGACUGGUUUGUUUAACUCUGUUUAUAGCCAGCUAAUGAGUAAGAAUGGAGUCAUAGGGAUGAAGCUCUGCUCCAAUUCCUGCAGCCCUUACUUCUGCCGAGCUUGCCAAGAGCUGAGCAUAAAUACAACUUGGAGGGUUUGCCAGCCAAGUUGCAGGCUGUUCGUCCAAAUGCCUCUCCUUUCCUGCACUGUCUCCUUGCACAUAUUUUCCUUCCUCUCUCCCAGUCUGGAUGUUUGUACCUGGUUGGGAAUUGUGGGGGGGUUUAUUCGAAUUCAAGUGGUUUUUUUAAGACAGCCCUGUUGGUAAUGGAGUGGUCAGUAUCCCCUUUGGAGAUGAUCCUUGCACUGGACGUCCUUCACUGGAAGCUGAUCCAUUUGAUAGGGUGCUGUGCUGCCCAGACAGGAGUGGUGGUGCCCCACUCCUCUGUUCCAUGUUGGCACGUUUCCUGUAACUCAAGUAUGCUGCUCAGAUACUUUAAAGGCUAUGGGUUUUUUUGCUCUCAGAUUUGUUACAGCCUAAAUCCAAAGCCAUGCUGAGAUCUUGCAAAACCAGAUGCAGCUAAGACUUUCAAGUGUUCUAGAGCAGAUGGAAAUGGCUGUGGGUUUCUGUGAAGGCUGGCUUUCUCUUUCCUGACUAUAAAUUGAAAUAUUUGAAUUUCUUGCAUCUUCCAGGAGUGUAGGGGCAGAUACUACUCCUAAUACAUUGCCAGUCCUGUGACUGGGCAUGCGCAGGUGUUGUCACAUCUGUUGGCCUCUCACUGCCAUGUGACUUCAGCUGUGGCUGCAGACUCUGUGAGGCUGCCCUGGAUCUCGGUGUCCUUUCCCACACCUGGAAGCUGAGUAGGCAGCACUCUUGGACCUGUAAGCAUUAUAGCACUCCCCUCCGUAGCAUAUCUGCAGGGCUGGGAGGUGUUGAGGCUGUGCUUGGAGGCUUGGAGGCAGUGCACAGUAAGGCUCAAGUUUGGAGAUCUGAACAAAUCCCAGCCCUUAUGAAGUCUCCAGAUGUUUUCCUUUGGGAUGGGGCUCUCUGUGCAACACCUUGGGAAUCCACUGUUGUUGAGUUCAGCCAAAAGCUGUAGAGAAGGAAUAUCUGGAGCUGGUCCUGCCUCACAUAAGUAACUUUGAAAGGUCUUGUUUGAGAUGUGCUCACUUCCAACACUUGCGGCUGAAGAAAUUGAAAAGAUCCUUAACUUGCUAAACAUGGAAACCUGUUCAAGCCAAUUUCAUCUUGCUCACCAAAACUUGUAAUUCUGCCCUUUUCAAAGGAUAAACAAAAGUCUUGCAGUCUUCUUCAACAGUGCUGUAGUCUGGUUCCAAGCUGGCUCCUCACAUGGGCUCAGUGCUGCCCAGCUGUGUGAGAGCUACUCACGACUGUGUGUGCAGGUGUUUUGUCAUUCAGCUUGUGUGUGUCUGUGUGUGCUUUUCCCCCUCUGUUUGCACAUUAUAUGUGUUUAAAGCCUCAAGCCAGACUUGUGGCUUAGUGUUUCAGCUGUCCUUAAGAAGGAAGUGCUCUUGGAAUUGAGCUGGUUUUAGAAAACAAAAAGGAAACCCCCCAGAUUUCUGUUCUGAAAGACAUGGCUUCGGGCCGUGAUGUCUCCUACAGGAGUGUUACUCCUCCUGCUUCCAGGCUGCUGCCUCCCAUCGAUGAUGACCAAAAGUUGCCGUUUCCAUCAGCUGUGAGCGGUGCGGAUCGCUCUGGGCCCGUCCCUCCAGCAGACUGCGUUGUGUUAUCCCUGGUGCACAUGGAGCCCUGUGGGCAGCAGGCAGCCGGCCCUGCCCUGGAUGUGCUCUGCCCAGGGAAGGAGGGAGGGGAUCCUUCCUUCCCUCUGGCUGCUUCCCGGGCACCUCUCACCAGCACUGACCAUGCUUGGGGGUAUCUCGUGUGUGCACAGUGGGGAGAUGCUGUGGCCACUACCUGAACAGGCAUAACUGUGAAGGAAUCUUACACUCUCCUGUGCCUGUUUCUUUAAUUCAGCAUUAUUGUGUCUUGGGGCAGGGGGUGGGAGCGAAAUGCCCUUCCCUCACCCUCCUUUAUCACUGUGUAAUACUUUUUCUACACACACUGUGUAUAGUAAGAAGGGUUUUGCCAAGGUUUUCUAAUUAAUAGACACUAACCAGCAUUUCUUUCUUUUUUCUCUUCUUUGCACAUGUGACUUUAACUGCAGUGGUACAUGGUCUUUCUGUUCUUUUCUAAUUGUGAACUUAAGUAAGCAAAUUCCUGGUGUCUGUGACAUUAAUGCACUGUGGGUUUAGCCUUGUAAAUUGUUCUGUUCCAAGCUGGGUUCUCUUAAGUUAUAGCUGGAUGGGGUUUUGUUGUUUUUUAAACUGAAACAUAAAACUGUUUUACACUUUGCAUAUUUUGUACAGUAAAAUUCUGGAAAUAAACUGAAACCAGAUUUGAUUGUCCCACUCCUUUCUCUUACCCUUUCAGAUGAAAAAGCUCUUCUGGUCUUCAAGCAUUCCUUAGCUGUGGGCAGAAGGGGCCCUGCAAACAUGUGGUUUAGCUUUUUUGAGGCUGUCUUUUUGUCACCCUCAUUUCCAGGCAUUUCUGUUCUGCCCUGCCACAGUAAAAUGCAAACUCAUUUAUCACUCCUGAAGGAAGACUGGUGACUGCUUUGAACACCUGAAAUCUCAAAUGAUGGGGAGCAAAAGCAGCUGGGGAAGGGGGGUGGUGGGGGGGCAUGACUGGAGUGGGAACAGGUUUUUCUGCCUCCUGUGUUCACAUAGUUUGCACACAAAUUAUGAAGUGUAGGAUUCACUGCCGAGUUCCUUAUUUGGCUCUGGUGGGGAGGAGGAGUGGCGAGAGGCAGAAAAGCCAGUGCUCCUUGUUUGUGUGGAUGCAAGCCUGUGCUCUGCUAAAAAGAGGUGCAGGGAAUCUCACCUCAACAGCCUGUCUGGGUGUGGCUUUCCCCACCAUCAGUUUCCAUCUCCAGCCCACCAAGAGCUCAGAAGGAUCAAGAGCUGUGCCCAAGGAAAUGUGGGAGCAGCUUUUUCUACAUGUUCUUUGGUGCCCCCCCUUCAGGCCAGCCCAGCAGCUCUCCUUGGUAGCUUCAGCUGCUGGAAAAAUCCACAGGAUGCUGCUCUUCAGCGAAAAAGAGUGCAGCAGUUGUGAAGAUAAGCAGCACAGACAUAAAUGUCUCAUGGGUAAAUCUCUGCUUGUAUUUGGGCUAGAGAGAGCUGAACUGAGGCCUGUGAGGAAGCAGGAAGGGUGGGGUGGGGGUGUUCUCUGUUCUGCCUCCUGCCCUGCCUUGAUCUUUGCUUUUGAUCUGUCCCUCUCAUCCCACUGUUGCUUUGGCAGUGCCCAGCCCUGCAGUGUUUGCAGGUCAGCUCCCAGAGAUGGCCAGGGAAAGGAAGGAGCGCUGCUGCUGCCCUGCAGAGGCUGAGAUGGGGCUGCAGCUGUUGCUGGUGCCCUCCUGGCCACCAGAGGAAGACCUGACUUGUUGGACCAGAGCCGUGGAGGAGAGGCUCUGUGGGAGUCGGCCGCAGGUGUGUCAUGGGAAGGUGUAAGCAGCAGGAAUUUGGCAUAAACAAGAUACUGGGCUUGUCAGCCUCGUUCCAGGCUCUUAGCCUUGAGAGCUGUGUCUUUACAUGUGAGUUCAGCAUGCUCUGUUUCAUUUCUGGGAUAGUGCUGAUACCAAAUCAACACCUGACUGCUGCCAGUUGUGGUGCUUUCUGUCCUGCUGUGGGCUGUGGAAGCUGAUGGAAGGAACAGGCUUUGCUAGAGGGACUAGUUCCCUUGGCCUUCACCCAGAGCUCACAUACCUGAAUCAUAAAGGACUGUGGUAUGUAGCUCAGCAGAAAUUAGAGCUGAGGGAGCUGAUCUGGUUUGGUCAAGUCUUUUUACUGAAGUUGCACAGACCUGUGAGGUGUGGUGGAGCCUCAGGUGCAACACUGGGUUAUGUAUUACAGACCCAAACCUCUGAGAGAAAGGGGAUGGAGGUUUUUACUGGAAAAAACCAACCUCUUGGAGGGACCUGGUAUUCUGAACCAGAGGUAAGCACCUUUUGCCUGAGGGACAUAAUGGACUUGAGAAGGAGAUGCCUCUCCUGCAGUGCUCUUCUUGACCGUAUGGGCAUAGGACGCUGGCUGUCCUGAGACAGCACAGCACCAACUGCCUGCUGUGGGUAUUUGGUGGCUGAGCUGUGGCUUAAUUCACAUGAAGAUAGAUUGGUUCUGGUAGGUGAUGGCACCAGACCUCACAGCUGUGGACACCGAGAAAGCAUUAGCUGUGGGGAGUGAUGUAGGAAUCUGUGGGGCAAAGGGGCCAUAUCUAGUCAGGACAUAAUAAAUGGGGUAAGAGAGGGAUUUGUCACCUGCAGCAACAAGCUCCAGAGCCUUGCUUGAAGCACUAGCAGCACCUCACCAUGUGAUAUUGUCAGCUAAAUUAAUAGUUCAGUGAGACAUCUGGCUGUGGAGGUCGGCAGGACUUCAAACCCCUAAGCACCUCCUGGUGCAAUGAGCUGGCUCUGCUGUGUCAGUCCCAGGUCUCAACUCCUGGGAAGUACAGGAGGGGUUGAACUCCAAGGGCUUCCGAGGGGUCCUGGAGCUCAGAACAGGUGGGGUAGGUGCGAGGGAAGGGGAUCUCUCAGCAGGACAUGUUGUCUCACAACAGCGUCCAGAAAGGGAAGGCGUGCUGGGAGUUGGCUAAACAGAGUGCUUUGAUUUGGCUUUCAACAGCACUCCUGAGUUUAUGUUGGACUGGGAGGGGGAUGGGUUUAGGUUACAGUCCUUUCCGGUACUGACAGAGGACAUCCAUUCCCUUUUCACGUGUGCACGCAUGGACUGCUGGGUCAGGAGGUGCUGAGAGAAAAGAGGGCACUGAGCACAAGGUGUCUGCAGAAGCAGGGAUGGUGUAGUGGAGUGAUGGCACAUGCAUAAAGCAUUAGCUGUGAACAAGGUUACCCGAGUUGCUUUGAAAAGCUGUAACAAGUUUUACAGCCCUGCUGUGAGGUGAUGUACUAGUUUAUGCUGACAUGAUGCUAGGAAAGCGGAGAGCACCUUAAACGGGAAGAAAGCUGUUUUCCUGUUUGACCCCAUCUCCCUGUCCCUCUCCAUAAUGAACUUGUAAAAGGCUGUGGAGUGUUUGGGUUCCACCCCCCCACUCCCCCCUCUGCCUACUGCUCACAUUCUAGUCUGUGUUCAGGUUGGGGCGUGCUGCAAAGCCUGCUCCAAAGCCCUGAGCCGAUCUUCCCUUCCUCCAGAAUCUGGGGACCUGAACGAAGACACUGGACAGGACCUGGGGCUUGCUCUGGUUCCAGCUCAGUUAAUGUGAACAGCCUGGGGCCCCCAGGAGCCCUCCCACUGUGGCACUGCUGCUUGGUGGCCUCUCAAAGUCCAAGGGUGCUGCCUGCAGGAGAAGACCUGGUUUUUGUGCAGAGACCUCAGCCAGGACAGAGGGAACAAUCACUCUUCGGGCUCUGUGUGGGCAGCACUAAAUACAGCUUAAAGAGGAAGGAGGAAGAAAAUUUUUACCUUGUGGAUGUGCAUUUGAGGUAGCUGAAUGAACCCACCUUGCUUAUGUAUCAAAAUUAGGAGCAAGAAGCAAAGCCUUGAGAGACAGUAACACAAGGAAGUGUCAAGUCAGUGGAAGAGACUUUAGAGAUUAGGGUAUGGGUUUUCCCUCCAGCAUCCUUAGGAACAUGAAGGCACAAAAAUUUUUAAAAAACUGAGACACCACAAAUUGCUCUAGGCAUGAAGCUACUCUGUAAACUGAAAUAUUUUAAGUAUCUUCUAAAGGCAAGAAUCAUGUUUAGAAAUGCUUAAGCAUCUAGUCUUGCUUGUCUUUCUUUCCUUUUUCUUUUUUUUUUUUCUUCUUCUUAUUUAAAAAGGUAGCUCAAAUGAAAAGUGGAUGCAUGGGGAGAAGGGAGAUGUGUUUGACAAAACACAUUUGAUUCAGCCUCUUUGAAAGUUUUAAGAGACAUUCAGAAUGGCAUGGCCCUUUGGACCUCUCUUCAGCACAAGUCAGAUGCUGUGGGCAUGCUUUGGAAGAGGGGAACAAGAAGGAGCUGAUUAUAUCUGGGCCACAGAUGUGAAACAGAUCUGCAAACCUUUUAGCUUCUAUUUUGUAAAAGCUCAUUCUUGAGUACUCAUAAUACCAGAUCCAACAGUUGAUUAUAAUUUUGCUUUGUAAGUGGUUGUGAGAAACUGGUUUAGUAAUUCAGUAACUAGACUGUGGGAAGCUGUGCAAAUUCCUUCAGCAGCUUCAUCUUGUGGGGACUAAAAUGUUCCUCAAACAUUUAGCUACUUUUGUUGUUCAAUAACCUCUCUCUUUGUCACUGGCAAGAGCAGUGAAUUUGAACAUUCUUCGAAUGUUGAAUUGAAUUUUAAAGCGAAAAUCAAAAUCCAACAAUAGGCAAAUUUCAGGGCUGCUCUCUGGUCAAACAUCACUUUAUUUUCCAACCGUGUUACUGAGGGAGGGACCUAAUUCAAACAGAGCUUUCUCCAAAUCCAAAAGCACAUGAGGUUGCCCACGGUUAUUUAAGUGAUUUACCUGCCACCCACGGCCAAGGGAGGGCUCAGUCAGGACAGCCACUGGUAGUCUCUGGCAGAGAGGUGGCUCUCUGGCUGCUGUUGAUGUGGGAUACCCCCUCCAGCAAUCUCAGCUCGUUUAACCCUCAAGGCUUAUUUCUUGUAUAUGAAGCCAUGACACUUGUCUUCCGCUCAGAUGGUGUGGUGGUGUGAUUGCUGGUGGCACUGGGUGUUACUGGUCUCUUCCCACAGUGACAGCAAUUAGGGCUCUGUUGCAGGGUUUUAGUUCCUCUUCUAGAUUUUGGGACAGCGGGAAAAGAGGUCCACCAAAAGAUUCUGCUACUUCUGCCUAGGCUGGUGAAAUGGCUUUUCCCUGAGUAUGUCCCACCUGUCCUCCUCAGAAUAAAAGCCAGUGACAGCCUUGUCUAGGCAUCUUUCUCCUCAGAAAGGAAAUGUCCCUCCUCAUGUUCACAGCUGUGGGGACUCAGCACAGGCUUGUGGCAGUGGUGUGAGGGAGGCUGCUGUCUCCCUAGGCUGGGGAAGGAGCAGUAGGGGCAGGGAAGGACUCUGUCCUUCAGUGACCCUCAGUACCAUCUGCUGUGGGGGUGGGUUGAGAAGAAGGAAGGAAGGAAAAUGGGCUACAUAGAAAUGGAGAGAGAAAAUAAAUUUGGGGACCCAGUGAGGAUCAGAAGAGUAGUAUGUCAAGAGGCAUGAAAAGAAGGUGAAAAAGCUGUUUUCUUGUUUUCCAUAGCAUUAGGGACAAUGCCCUUUGAGUGCUUUGCUGAUCCCCUUUAUCACAGGGACUUGGCAAGAGAAAGCCGGGAGCGAGGCACCGGAAGGAUCUUUGCUUCCAUCCCAAAGGCAGUUUGUAAUCUGAUUCCUGAAAUGGGUCUUCAAGCUGUAAGGAAGCUCUGUAGGUUUUUUUUUUCUUAGCACCUUUUAAACCUGGCAGAGUAGAGUGUUCUGGGAGCUGGGCCAAGACUCUGCCCUGGGCCCUGCCCCGGGCCCUGCCCCAUGGUCCCCAUUGUCAUUAGAUGUCAUUUUCUGCCAAGGAGGAGUGAGAGUCAUCCCACGGCUGUCCCCCAGGAGUACUGACAGCCAAGGACUGCUUUGCUAGAGGUCAGUGGUACAAGGGAGUGGGGAGAAGGCAGGGGACGCUGCAGUGCAGUGGGUUGACCCAGAGUCUUGGGUUCCAGGUACAGAAACCUGCUGGCACAGCCUCGUUACUGAGGUCAGUUAUCCAUCCUGCUGCGCUCUGCUCUUUCCAGUUUCUAGCAGCUGCUCUUGCACUGCGUGGCAUGGAUGUACCUGGAUUGUGAAAGCAGCCAGGAGGCAGUGAGCUUUGCCUCAGAGGCCUGGCGUGCUUCUUGCCUGUUUUCCAUCCUCCUCUUCAGCCCCUCAAGUCCAGGCAUCAGUGUGCAACUGGCUGCGUGUGGGACUUCCUCAAAGCCAAAGCUUGGCUGCAGUGGAGAGGAAUCCAGAUGCAAUCUUGGCCUCUUUUCACAAGACUGUAAGUCAGUGGCAGCUGGGAAGUGGUAUGUUCCUGUCUAAUUAAUUAUUUUCCAGGGAAAAAAAGGCGAUGUUUUCUGUUUGGUCUCUGUGAUGGAUCCAUCAUUCCUUUAGGUAUGAUGUGCAGAUAGACACGGAGAAGCAGCCGGUGUCCUUGGCUCUGUGUUCACGUUGGUGUCUGGCUGAGCAGCUUCGUUCUGGGACAGGAAGCAGCUGAGAUCUCUGGUUUCACUAUGGGGCUGUUCCUUUUCCAAGGGAGGCAGGAGACUCAUCACUCCUCAGAAACAUCACAAAAACUGCUGACCCUGAAAACAUGGAGUAAUCUGCGGUUUCCAGAGUGCCUCCCUUGUCCUUUCCUCCUGCAGCUGUUUCCCAACGGUUGACAUAAACUCGGAGCACUUUUGGGUUCACAGAGCCUCUACAUCAGUGACUGCUGCAGAGGCAGAAACUUUCUCCUCCAUGCUGCAGUAUGAGAGCUUCAGUGUGCUGCUCCUAAUGGGUUUCCUUCUCCCUUGAUUGUUGCCCAUGAGCAGCACAGGGUGUGCUGUGGUACAGCACCCCAAACAAACCCCUCAGCUCUGCCCUCCAGCCCUGUGUCUGGGAACUGGGAGAAGGUGCUGCAUAACUUGGUGUUCUUGCCACAUAUAAUGUGUUAGGAGGGUCCUCACUAUCACUGGGGAUGGAUAAGACCAUGUGUUGGAAUACUUUGGGUAAUAAGUUGACAGUGGUGGGUUAAUGGUCAGACUCAAUGAUCUUAGGGGUCUUUUCCAACCAAAUGAUUCUGUGAAGAAACUGAUCAGCUUGAAGCACUUGUCCUUGGAUGAGGGCAAAAUACAAUUCCUGUCUUUAUCUGUAUAAAGACCUGUUCAGUAUGUCUAGUUAACAUGCAAAAGAACUAUUUGUGAAGAGAGACGUGCUUGUCAAGCACUCAGUGCUGCCCACGUACACAAAUUUGUAUUUUUUUAUUAAAGGGGUUUUUUGCAGGUUCCUCAUCCAAAUGUGCUGACUCUUUCUUCUCAGUGUAUAGUGGGCAGGGUUAGGCUGGCUUUGCUCCUCAGGGCCACCAGUGCCUUUCAAAUGCCAGGUGUUCCUACUUGUGACAGAGGAGCCCAGGAGCACCUGCGAUCCUGUGUGCCAUCCCCAUACCACUGUCUUACCUGCCCCUGCAAGAAAAACACUCAUAUUCAAGCUGCCCUCUCCUUCACAGGGGGCAUUGUGUCCUUCAGCUGUUUGGUCAUUAGGAUCUUGGGGCAGACAAGUCGUUACAGUUAAAUGGGAAAAGCUUUGCUGCCCAGCCAUCCUCAUUGCUGCAAUCCUUCCUCUGUGGCAAUGCUUUCCUAACUUUUUAUGUGAUUGUCCUGAAAGCUGACGAUAAACAGUUCCUGUUUGUGGGCAAAGACAAUGCUGAGAACUGUAAUGGCAGACUGAGGGAAGAGAGAAAGGACAGCCCCAUCCCUGGCACCAUGAAGGAGUGGCAGCUGUAGGAUUAGCUCUUUCCCUGCAUAACUCAAGGGAAACUUUCCAUAAACAACUGGCACCACUCCCCAGUAUGAGUUCAGCCUCUACACUUCUACAUUAUUCAUUUCUUUUCCCCCUAGAGGUCUCUUGCUUUGACAUGUUCAAGUGCCUGUGAAACACCUGUGCACUUGAACAAGUCCCUAGUGCUGUCUGCAGGGUCUACCUGCUCUGCCUGGGUAAUCUGUGCCUCUCAGAGCAUCUAGAGUGGGGCACUUCAGAACAGAGGAGCAUCCACAGUGGGAGAGGAGCACACAGAAAGCACUCAGGCACUCGGCACGUCUGGAGAUUGUGCCAGUUAGCAGUAGAGGAACUUUUCAUUAUUCUUUGUGUUUGGAGCGACUGAUGGCCAGUGCAGGCUGUUACCUUAUGCAGGGUGAAACUGUGCAUGUUUUGCUCCUCAGAUAAAGAUAAGCUAGUUCUUUUCUCAGGUCAGUAGCAGUCCCUUAAUCACAGGCCAGGAGGCUACCAGAGGGCUGCUUCUGCCUCUUCUUGCUCCUUACCAGUGUGGGUGAAUGAGACCUUGAGUCCUGCUCGCUCCCUCUCUGAGCUGGGGUCCUCCACCAAACCUUGAGGAAAAAGCAGAAGGAGAGUGCUGGGCACCCUCUCAACCAGCAGAGAGUAGGGUGUGAGUGGAAGAGAGGAGGACACCUCCAUGCUGACAGCAUGCUGAAUUUCAAGACUUUUGAAGGUUGUUCAUCAUCCCAGAGCAACCAGUUGAUUGUUCUCCCUGAACAAACUUGGUUCAUCUUCUAGGCAACCAUAAGGAAGCAUGCAAGAGCAAAUGGUUGACCUGAGGGCUUUGCUGCCUUGUCUAUUCUUCUAACAAUCUGUAUCUGAAAAGCACGUGUUGAGGGUUUGAUGCUCAACAAGGAGCUAACUUGGCCUACAGUCAUCUACCAUGUUAGCACGGUAUUCAUUCUAGUGCAUAGAGACAGAGAGAAAUCCAGCCAUGUGUUGUUCAUACUGGUAUUUUCCACCAAGGGGAUAUGGCACAUAUGGGAACAUAUCAAUACUUCAGCUUUCUCAUACCAGUAGUUUCAAAUUUCUAUUUCAGCUAAUGUUGAGAGAGGGAGUCAAAGAAACUGAUCAACAGGCAGGG